AUGAUGGGCUUUACUCUGAGACUCCUUCCUCGCUUCACCGUUGCCAAAUUCCAAGAAGAGCACGGAAAAUCCCUCUUGGGCUGUACCGACGCAUCCGUUGCCAUCGAACAGCUUUGUCAGAUCGGAUCAUCAUGGAAUGACAUUCGUGUGGAAGUUUUACUUGACGACGACCAAUGCACCACUGUGCUUCGUCGUCGAAAACCCAAAAUCAAAUUCACUCAACUACCACCCACUGAAACCAUUACCGAAUUUCAUUUAUAUUCGCUUCAAGAAGGCGGCAGCACUGGAUCAAGCUCUGUCUUUGAUUGGGGUGUCUAUAAACCAGGAAAGGAUGGUGUGUUUAGCAUCAAUUCGAAACCUCAGCCAGGAUAUCCAAAAGGGUCCACGUUUGAAAAGAUGUUUUUAUUGAUGGAGCUUGGAGAUGGCAGAUUUGCAGUGAUCUGUCAAGCGUUUACCUACGAUGUCAAUUCUACAAGAAAAGAUCAGUUAGUUGCUUCCCACUGCUCCAAGAAGAAGAAGAAGGUAUCUAAAAGAUCGACUCACAAAAAGAAACAAUCACCUUUGGACAACAAGAAGAGAAAAUCUCAAGAUGAAUUUCAGGAAGAUGGUGCAACUGAAGAUGAAGCCGAAGACAUGGAAACAAGUAAGAAACGCAAACCUUCUCCAGAAUGUGUAACUUCAAAUGCACCACAACAACCACAACCAGUUGUGAAUUCCCAAGUGCCAUUUGACAAUGUUACAACCACAGCGUAUUCCAAUGAAGGAACAAUUCCAUUAAGCUAUGAAGCAUCCAUAGUAGCAACAACCAAUUUGCAAAUGACAACACAAGUGCCAUCAGCUCAACCUGUUGUAUGGUUUGCACCUGUUCGUACUGAUCAUGUCACAACUCCAUCCUAUCAGCAAUUGCUCACGGCCCUUCAAACACUUUGGAGUGUUCCAGGAGUUAUAGAAUGCGUGAACUAUUGGUAUUGGUGUGCGUCAUUGCAGCUUUUUGGAAGUGCCUUGAGUCAACAACAUGCAGAAGUUCAACACUUGACAACUACUCCACAACAAAGCAUUCCAGAACCUGCUACGGACGAGAACAUCCCACCUAUUGAAAAUUCAAAUCUUCCAAUGCAAGGUCAUGUUGACCAACAACAAACAGAAGAAAAUAAGGAGUUUGAGUUGACUCAACACUUGGAUGAACUCCUUGGUAUCAACAAUCCCAUGAGCUACAGUCAACACGCGGACGUUCCUGACUUCAGUAGCUUUGACAACGAGUGGAAUUUGUAG